AUGGCCGCGGGAUCGGACGCGGAGGACGCGGAGUGGGCGGGUCCGAUCGAGCGCGACGUUCGCUCGCUCGCGGGGUGGGACGGCGAGGGAGAGGGCGAGGGCACCCCGCUGGAGGAUGAGGAUGAGGAGGCGGAUGGCGAUCAGAUCCCGCUCACCCUGGAGGCGCUGUACCGCGACGGCGACGUCGACCCCGAACGCCCGGACGACGCCGGCGCCGACGACGGCACCCGGGGUACCGACGUGGACGACGACGCCACGACGUGCCCGGUGUGCUUCCGGCCUCUGCGGGACCUGGCGGACACCGACGCCGCGAGACUCGCGCACGUCAACGCGUGCCUGGACGACGGAGGAUGGCGCGACGAGGAGGACGAAGAUGGACACCCGGUGAGCGACGAGUCCCCGCCGUUCGCGCCGUCGGACACGCGGAAUGACGACGCAAUCGGCGCGACGUGGGACGAGGGCGGCGAGGGCGAGUGGCACGACGUCGCCGCGUGGCUCCACGCCGUGGACCACGGGGACUUUGCUCCCAACGCGAUUCUCGCGCGACUGACGUUUGCCGCGCUCGAGGGAUGCGCCGACGAGGGAGCGCUCGCGGCGCUGGGCCACGUCGGCGACGCCGCGAGACGGCGCGCCUUGCUCGCCGCGGUGGACGCGCGACGACGAGGAUCCGCCGCGCCCGCAUCCGCGGCGCCGCCGAAGGGUGGGCACCCCGUCGCGUCGAAAGGUUGGCACCCCACCCGCGUACCCGCGGGAGUCGCGCCGGUGUUUGCGCUCGCGAGGGGCGAAACGGCGGUCCGUCGACCCGAGCCGGCGUCCGAACCGCAGCCGCAGAAGCGGCGCAGGACCGGCGGCGGCGCGGCUGCCGCGAUGGCGGUGAGAAACACAGGCGGCGGCGGCGGGCCGAGGCCCGGCCGGUACGUCCCCACCGCCGAAGCGCCGCCGCCGCCGCCGCCGUGGAUCCGCGUCCCCGGCACGAGGUUCAUCGUCGACGGGUUCCAGGGGUACGGUAAGUCCCACGGCGGUUGGUGGUGCAGGCACUGGUUUCUCACGCACUUUCACGCGGACCACUACCGCGGGCUCACCAAGUCCACCCCGCCUCCGGGUUGCCUCGUGUGGUGCAGCCGGCCCACCGCCGAGCUGUGCGCGUCGCGGCUGGGGAUCCAGCGCGACAGGCUUCGGGCCGUGGACGUCGGACGCACCAUCGUCGUCGACGGCGUCAGGUGCACGUUCAUCGACGCCAAUCACUGCCCUGGCGCGGUGAUGAUCGUGUUUGACGGUAUCCCAGCCGGACCGGUGCUCGCGACGGGCGAUUGCAGGUAUCACCCGGGGAUGAAAACGGACCCGACGCUGGCGGCUCUGGCGUCGCGAAGGCCCGCGGUGAUGCUCGACACGACGUACUGCUCCCCGGCGCACGUGUUCCCGCCGCAGUGCGAGGUUUUGGCGGCGGUGAGGGACGCGGUCAAGGCUGAGUCGUUCAACCCGCGGGUGCUCUUCCUCUUCGGGACGUACACCAUCGGGAAGGAGAGAGUCUUUUUCGAGGCGGCGAAAGCUCUGGGCAAGAAGGUGUACGUCGGGAAGCAGAAGAUGAAGGUGUUGGACGCGCUCGGGUCCGCCAUCGACGACGCGGACAGGGACAUGAUCACCGCCGACGAUCAGGCGACGAACCUGCACGUGGUGCCCAUGGGGAGCACCAGCUUUGGCCGCAUGAAGACCAUCCUGCGGUACUACAAGAACAGGUACGACACGAUCGUGGCGUUCAAGCCCACGGGGUGGACGUUCGAGGCGGCGAAGAAACACGCGAGGGCCACCAAGCGCACGCAGCGUGGGGCGAUGAUCCAGUACAGCGUCCCGUACAGCGAGCACUCCAGCUUUGACGAGCUCCGAGCCUUUGUGAAAUUUCUUAAACCCCGAGCGGUGCUGCCGCACGUCGGGAACGAUCGGGGGCCGAAGGCGAGGCGGAUGGUGCAGCUCCUGACCGCGCCGGAUGAAUCCGCGGACGACGACGACGAGAGCUAG